AUAUGUGUCAAUUAUCCUGUGCUUUCUGCGUCUAUCACACUGGCAUAUCGCAGAAAAAAUACAGAUGCGAUUUCUUCCGGUUUCCAAGCUCGUCAACUUCUCCAAUGGCGAAUCUGCCAUCUUCGUCUUCUCCGCAAUCACUUUCCUCAGCCUCCAAUUCCGACAACUCCCCCGCCACCACUACUAAACCCACUUCUCACUCUUCUCUCUCUCCUAAACUCCAGGUUGACGCUGGGGAAAACAAUUUCGACGAGAAAACGCCUGAAGUAGCUACCAAUUUUCAAUACCUUUAUCUUGCAAACCACAUCGAGAAGUUCAAGAUAUAUGAAGCUGACUAUGCUCGUCGGUUGAUGGCAAAAUACUUCUCUAAGAAGAAUCUCUAUGGAGGCAACGUAUUUGAUGAGAAUGUUACAAUAGACAAUGAACUUAUAAAGUCAAGCAGAUGGCCUUGUACGCGAUCGUAUGCAGACUCAGUGAAGGCUUUUGAAGACCAGAACAGCAGUGAAUCAGUCACUGUUAAUGAGACCCCGUCUAACAUCUCAAAUGGAAAGCACCUUCCGAAGAAGAAUGGUUAAGUAAAGUUCUCAAAUUUUCUCCCCCAUUCUUGUAAAUGUUGUACAAUAAAUGCUAUGAUUGAGAUAAGCCAGACUUAGGAAACGGACACGAGCUUACAAUGGCCUCUAAACACUUACAAUGAACUUCAGCUGUCUACAGCUAUUGAUGACUUUGAACUUACGUCUAUUAUAUACUACACAGCUUAAUGAUGAGAGAGAUGUGAGGAAAAAAAAAUUGAAAUCAAACAUUUCUAAGGAAAUCUACACGAACCUAUAGCCGAAGUUGGACAUGAUAACUAGAUUACGUCUCAGUAAAGCACAUAUGUGGAUUCAUCAUUCAUGUAUGAACCGGCUGGGAGGAUUGUGAUAUAUGCUCUUACUUUGGAUACGAAACAAACUAGCAAGCAAUCAUUAGGUUUGUCCUUUUCAAUGUGUAUAAUGUUUCGUUUUAUUUAUUUGAUAAUUUGAACCGCUAGAAUUUUAUCGAUAUUUGUUAAACGGCCAUACUUUUCAUAAUCUGAU